AUGAUGAAGGAGAGAGGAAACAUACGGGAUCUUCCCGACGAUUUGGUAGUGGAGAUACUCUCUAGGGUUCCAGUGGUGUCUUUGGUACGGUUACGAUCUACAUCCAAAACAUGGAACGUUCUGAUCAAAGAUGGGCGGAUUUCUAAGAAACACGAUGAUAAUGCACCAAGACCAAGGCACUCUCUGAUUAUCAUGUUGAUUGAUUUUAGGCUUUAUUUGGUGAGCGUCGAUCUUCAUUCAAAUUACAAUAACAAAGUAAAGAUAGCAAGUCAAUUUAGCCUAAAAGAUCCAGUUUAUGCUUCUUUAAAAGAAGUUGAUAUACGCCACGUCUUUCAUUGCGACGGCUUAUUGCUUUGUACCACCCUAUACAAUAGACUAGUUGUUUGGAAUCUUUGUUCAAAUGAAACUAAGUGGAUCCAACCAAGACAUUUCUUCAAGGAAUCCGAUAUCUUUGCUCUCGGUAAAUCCUCAUGCAAAAAGUACAAAAUCUUGAGAAUUAAUCAGUCUGAUUGUAUUAGCGGGUCAGUAUCAAUACUUGACUGCGAGAUCUAUGACUUUACCUCUAAUUCUUGGAGAGUUGUUGGUAAGACUAGAAGCUGGUUCAUACCAGAGUGGAAGGGCUGUCGUAAUGGUAUGUCUGUGAAUGGAAAUACUUACUGGCUUGCUGCUUUGACUAAACACUGGACAGAUUUUAUACUUAGGUUUGAUUUUUCAACGGAGAGAUUUGUAAGUGUCUCUCUUCCGAUUGAUGAUGAUCAUCUUAUCUCUUUAUCAGUGACUAGAGAAGAUCAAAAACUUUGUAUUUUAGCUACUCGGGCUGUGGAGUCAUCCAUUGGAGAUGUAUGGAUUGCAACUAAGAUUGAGAGUACCGGAGCCGCGUCAUGGAGCAAGUUUCUAUCACUCAAUUCGGUUUACCGGCCUUUUAGCUUUGAUAGUGGGUUGAAUUUCUUGGUCGACAAGGAGAACAAAGUUUUAGUGUGUCGCGGUAAAAAUGGGAUCUCCGACUAUUUCUUACACGUUGUGGGAGAGGACAAUAAAUGUAUACAAGUGGAUCAUCAUGAUGCAGAAUCUACAUGCUCACUUGUCUUCAGUUAUGUUCCAACUUUGGUUCAAAUCCAAUAAGGUUCAUAGUUCUUGGAGUGAGGCAAAAAGGAAGUACAAGAGCUAGUAAUCUAUAACUGUCUCACUAAGUUAUGU